AAAUGAUCAUGUGACAGAUCAUAUUGGGUGUCAAAGUGUCAGUAACAGUGUAGCGAAAGUAAAGUGUACUGUACAGGUUUGUGGUACGUGUUGUUAAACCAACUCUCGGUAUUGUAAUAAGGAAAUCAUUAGUUUAAUCAUGUCAAUAUGUAAAUUGCCUCGAGUACUCUUGCACGAAAAUUCAGUGAAAGGGAUUCAGUCAAGAAUCACAUGACGAAAGCAUUAUUGACUAAAAACACUAUCCUCUAAAAUAAGAUAUCUCUAGGUUAUGCAUAGUUUAUCUGUCAAACAUCCUACAAAAUGGAGAAACACAUGCAUUUAUGGAGAGGUGUUGAUAAGUUAUCAUACAUUUUCGGUGACCAACCAAAUGGCACAAUUUGUAGACUGGUUACCAUUAAAGAUCACAUUUUUGUAGCAACAACUACUAACAGUCUAUACUAUGGAGAGGUAUCAUUUUUGGAGGACAGUCCUCCGUCAUUGGUUUUCAAAAGGGCUCAAUUUGAUGUGAUCGAUAUAGCAUCCAAUUCGGAUUAUUUAUUUAUUGUAGAUAAUAAUGGACAUGUUUUGAAAGUAAAUCCUCAGGAUAUGAGUGUAACAGAUACAAUAAUUCUAAAAGAAGAAGUUAAAUGUUGUAGUCAUGGAUAUAAACAAGAAAAUGAAAUUGUCAAAGUAAAAUCAAUAGCUGUUAGUGAUCAAGCAGCGUUAUUUGUAACAGAAAACGGACAACUUUGGGCUAGUGGAAAUCAAUCUCAAAUAGAUAUUAACAGUACAGAACCUAAAAAGGUCAAGUUUUUCGAGGGUAGAACUGUGUCUGCUGUUGCAUGUGGUUCAAACUUUAAUGUAGUUGCAGUGAGAAAAACACCAAAAACUUUAAAAGAUGAUACUGACAGCGAGAAUGAAUUAGAAGAAGAAGUUUUCGUUAAUUCAUGUCCUCAGUGUCUCAACACCGUGCUGUUAAGUCCUACAAGUCUAACGUCAUCAGAUACUUGUCCUACUGGACUUCACGUACAGCAAUCUAGUGAAGAUCACUCAACCAAUUCUAUUAGCGCUUUAUCUGUUGCUAGUAAAGAACAAGAGAUUUCAUUUGCCGAAAAUAGUAAAAAGGAACAAAUUUCUGAAGUGGUAGAAAAUGGAGAACUGUGUGCCAAUAAUCCUAUAGAUUCUGAAAAAGAAGAAAAAAGGAAUGUUAUUUUUAUAAAUACAGAAGCUGCAAGGCAAUUCUUAACCAGACAAUUAUCAUGGGUUUCAUCUUAUGGAAGUGUUAAAGAAGAUAUACCUUUAGAUAACAUUGAAAAACCGACUAGACUAAUAAAACAAAAUGUAUCUAAUGUAGCUAAUUUAGUAUAUGAAGGAGUGAAAAAUGUGGGAGGUAAAGUUGUUACAUUAUCCAGGCAUAUGAGUGGAAGUUCAGAUAUAAAUGAGUUUAAAGAUGAUAGCAGUGAACAUUUGGAACUAGGAGAAGAAUAUCCAAAACCUGCUGCUACCAGUUUGGCACUCAGUUUACGCUGUGAAGAAUUUCCUUGGUCAUCAAGUACUGGUUCCUCUGAGCAUGAAUUGUCUCAACAAGGAUUAAAUGAAAGAAUCAGUACACUAACUCGUACUGGCAAUAGUAUUCUAUCUACUGAACUUUGGACGUGGGGUGAUAUUCAAUAUGGACAAUUAGGAACAGGAGAUAUUGUUAAACGCUCGCGACCUAUUUUGGUGGCAAAACUCAGUAAUACUGGACUUCGAAAAAUUUCAUGUGGUGCAUUUCAUAUCCUUGCUCUAACUCUGGAUGGAAGAGUUUUUGCUUGGGGCAGAAAUAACCAUAAACAAGUGACAUUGGAAUCGAAUGUGUAUCAGAGUGCACCUCGUUUAUUUACUACGAAAUUAUUUCCAAACGAAAGAGCUAAAGACAUGGCAGCUGGUAGUUUUCAUAGUUUAGUCAUGAUGCAUCAUGGUUUAUACUUUAUUGGACAGUCAAGUAAAACUGGUGAAAUGUUCCAACUCGAUAUUGAGACAAGCAAUAAGUGCAGUCCCCAACAAAUUUUUAGCUCUGGUAACUACAGUUGCUGUUCUGUGAUAAACGAACCUAAGAUAAAUAUCUCUGAGGAUUUAAUAAGUGAACAAAUCUUCUUGGAAGAAAUAUUAAUUGUUUAUCAAAAUUUAAUUAGGCCAUUCCAGAAAAGAGGAGGUGCUAUGCAGGAAUCAAAUGUUUAUGAAACAUUAUGUCGAUGUUAUACUGAGUUAUUAAGUUUCAGUGUAUUAAAUGUUAUUAGUUUAUGGGAUUAUUUUAAUCAUAUUGGUGAAGCAUAUGAAGUGACAAUUGUAGCUAAUGUUGAAGAAUAUAUUACUGUAUAUAAAUAUUACUUAAAUGCAGUGUGUGACAUAAUCUCUUUGAGUGGAUUUACAUAUAUUGCGAAAAUAAUUGAAAUACCACAAGUAAUAACAAAUUUAUUUAUGGAUAAAUUAAAAACUAAUGAAACUAAAAAAGUUGCUGAUGAAAUUACAAUUACUAUGGCAUUGCAACAUCCACUACAUAAAUUGAAUAGAUAUAAGAAUAUGGUUUUAAAUUUGAUGAAAUGUAAUGGCGCAAGAAUGGGUGUAGAACGAUUACAAGAAGCAUUAAUAAAGUGGGAGCAAAUAUGUGAUGAUCAGGAGAAACAACAAAAAGAAGCUGAAGCAACUAAAUUAUUUUGGGAAAGUUCUGGGAAACUUGGGGAAUUAUUAAGAUUUCCUGAUAGAAGACUUAUUAGAGAGUCACGAGCACAUCCUUUAUCAAUACUUAAUUCUGGAAGAUUUUCUACACAUUGGUUUGUUUUAUUAACUGAUAUAUUUAUCCAUGUUACUGGUACAUCUCAUGUGGUACAUCCACUUAAAACUCUAUGGGUAGAACCUUUACCAGACUCUGAAAUAGUACAAAAUGCUAUAUCAGUAGUAGCUCCAGAGGACACAUUUGUAUUAUAUACUCCAACACCUUCUGAACGAAAUGAAUGGCUGUAUGCUCUACAAAAUGGCAUAAAAUGUAGUCUACAAAGAGUUAUUGGACAUGUGCCUCCAAUAGUACGUUCUAGCUCAUUCUCAUUCACUAAGCACAGUGUUUUCAAAGAUGCAAAAUAUACUGGACGCUGGUUGAGUGGUAAGCCGCACGGUUCUGGAAAAUUAGAAUGGCCUGACGGACGAAAAUAUGCAGGACAAUUUCAUAAAGGUAUUAUUCAUGGUACUGGUAAAAUGGAAAUUCCAUCACAAGGUGUAUACGAAGGACAGUGGAAAGAUGGACAACAGAAUGGAUAUGGGACGAUGAAGUACAAUAAUGGAGACUUUUAUGAAGGAUAUUUCAAAGACGGACUACCACAUGGUCAUGGUGUUAAAAAGGAAGGUCAUUUUAUGGCAUCUGUCGCAUCUGUUUAUAUUGGGGAAUGGGCUGCAGGUGUUAAACAGGGAUAUGGAAUUAUGGACGACAUUAUGACAGGCGAGAAAUACUUAGGAUCAUGGAGUAAUGGUAUGAAACAUGGUUGUGGUUUAAUAGUAACUUUAGAUGGUAUUUACUAUGAAGGAGUUUUCAUGCAAGACGUUUUAACGGGUCAUGGAGUCAUGGUGUUUGAAGAUGGUACUCAUUACGAAGGUGAAUUUAAAUCAGCUGGUAUUUUUUAUGGUAAAGGUACUUUAACUUUCACUAGUGGUGACAGAUUGGAAGGUAAUAUGAAUGGUGCAUGGAACGAAGGAGUAAAAGUUAUUGCAACAUUACAUAUGAAUAAAGCUAGCGGAAAUAUACAAACUAAUUCGAAACCGACAUCUUUUGGUAAAUUAUGUGUAUCACCAGAUCAAAAAUGGAAAGCUAUAUUUAGGCAAUGUUAUCAACAACUUGGUGUACCUGAACCAGGUUCGAAAGCUAUUGGUAUAACUGAUAAGUCUGCAGAGACACAACGUGUUUGGCAAAAUAUCGCUAGUAUAAUAACUAAGUCACAUCAAAAAGCUUUACAACGAAAGAAACUUCUGACAAUUACUAGUACCGGUAAAGAGAAAAAUAACGAAGUAAUUGAUGAGUUGGAUAAAAUUCCUUGUUUUGGGAGAGAUAAACUUACAAUUCAAAGUUAUAGAGAAAUUCAUAAGUACUUGAUUAAAGCGUUUGAUAGCUCACUUCACCCAUUAGGAGCGCUUUUAACAGAAGUUGCUGCUGUAUAUACAGCUACGUAUGGUGGUGUAAGAGUUCACCCUUUAUUACUCAGUCAUGCUGUGUCUGAACUUCGUAGUAUCACAUCAAGAAUAUAUGAAAUAGCUACUCUGUUAUUUCCGGCGUUACCCCGAGGUGGUAAAGAAUACGUAUUAGAAACAGAAAAUGAAGAAGAAGAUCAAGUUAUAAGUGCUGCAGCGAUACUUCAUCCAAUAUUGUUACCUCGUGUGCAUUCAGCACUUUUUGUACUGUAUGCUUUACAUAAUAAGAAAGAAGAUGAUGCCUAUUGGGAAAGAUUAAUGAAAUGGAACAAGCAACCUGAUAUAACGCUAAUGGCUUUUUUGGACAUCGAUCAAAAAUUUUGGAAGAAUACAAACGUAAUGAAUUUAAACGAAAACGGAUUACCGUAUCAAAGUGAACCGUACUUUAGCGAGGCAAUAGAAACAUUACAACAAUUGAAAACCACGUUUUCUCCGUUAGAAAAGUUAUUAGUCGUUAGGAAUACAUUUGAACAAAUGACACAAGCAGUUCAAAAGCAAUUGGGGACUACAUAUUUAUGGACAAUGGAUGAAUUAUUUCCUGUGUUUUGUUUUGUUGUUGUCCGUGCCAGCGUAUUACAAUUGGGCAGUGAAAUACAUUUUAUAGAAGAUUUUAUGGAGCCUUAUUUACAAAACGGAGAACUUGGAAUUAUGUUCACUACCCUUAAGGCCUGCUACUACCAAAUACUACAAGAAAAAAUUAAUGUGGGUGACUGAACAUGACAUAAUAAUUUUCAUAAAUAAAUAGAAUUAUAAAAUAUAAAGUAAGUUUCAAUGAUAACUUAUUAUAAUACAUUGUUAAUAUAACAAAUAAAUAAAAUAUAUGCACUCAACUCGAUAAAAGGGUACCUCAAAAUCUAACAUUUAGUUGAAAUAAUAUAAUUUAAUAAAAUGUUAGACAUCGUAAAAUGGAUUUUGUGCAUUAUGACUAUUAAAAGUGGUAUACUACUUAUUUAUUAUAAUUAAUGAAAAUAGAAACUAUAAUAUGUAUGAAACAGAUAGAUUGUCAGGUCGUAACAAUGUAAGUAGUAAAAUUACAUAUCAUAUUCUAUAAAAGUAUUAAUGUACAGUGUAUAUACAUUUAGAACGAAUUUGAAGCUUUAUUUAUGUUAAUUUUCUCGUUUCCAAGAAGGUAAAUGUACAGUAAAAGUUUAUAGGAACAGCCAUAUAUUUGAACAUUUUGUUAUAAUUUUAAAUAUCACUGCAUUUUAAGUUCAAUUUUAAUAAGCAUUUAUUCAUUACUAUUGUAUGAGAUUGUUCAAAGCAAACUUAGAAAUAUAUAAAGAAUACUAUGUUAUACAAAAUGAUUUUUUGGUAUUUCUACAAAUAAUAUCAAUACCAAUAUGAUAUAAUUCUUUAAUUCAUCUAACUGCCAUAAGUAUCACUUAAUAAUAUCAUAAUGUAAUAAUUUUUCUUUAUUCUGUUAUAUUAUUGAUGUAAUGAACUGUAUUUAAAAGGCAUUAAUUGAAAAAUUAAUGUCAAAUGAUAUACCUAUGUUAUAUAUUUCAUAAUAACAGCAACAUUGUGAUAUUUCGUGCAAUAUCGUAAACCUAUA